AUGAGAAAAGAUAAAGGAGUUGCAGCAGCAAGUCCCAGCAAAAACCAAGAAGAUGAAGAAGAAGAAGAACAUGCACAGGGAGAAUAUUAUGACCAUCAGAACAAAAUUGCCAUCCCAUUCUCCACUCGCAAUGCUUCUUCCAAAUAUGAUUUUGUUAAGGUGAAGGUGUGGUUGGGUGACAAUGCCGAUCAUUAUUACGUGCUCUCCCGAUUUUUGCUUAGCAGAAUGUUGACUGUAACCAAGAUUCCAAAUCACGUGGCUAUUAAGAUUGCUCUUGAGUUGAAAAAGCUGCUUAUAGAUAACAGCCUUCUGGACGUCUCGCAGUCUGACCUUGAAGCGAACUUAUUCAAGCUCAUGGAGAGACGAGGCUAUGGGGAAGAAUAUAUAAACAGAUAUAAAAUGAUGACAAGAUUUCACCAUCAAAGAGUACCACUAGUUAUUCUUGUAUGUGGUACUGCAUGUGUUGGAAAGUCCACUAUUGCUACUCAACUUGCACAAAGGCUAAACCUGCCAAAUGUUUUGCAGGUAAAACCUCUUUUUCUUUUAGAUAUUAGCUAUAUUGCACCAUUAACAUCUUCCCCUGUUUGGGCCCGAGAUUUCAGCUCCUCCGAGGAGCUAAUAACUGAAUUUUGUAGAGAAUGUCGGAUUGUGCGUAAAGGUUUGGCCGGUGAUUUGAAGAAAGCAAUGAAGGAUGGAAAACCAAUUAUUAUUGAGGGCAUACAUUUGGAUCCUAGUAUUUAUUUAAUGGAUGAAGAAAAUAAAUCUUCAACCACCCCACAAGCGAAAGAGGAAGAGAAAAGCCCAGGGAGAAAGAUAGAUGGGAGCUCUGUUGAGAAUGAUCGUCCUCCCCCAUGUGCUAAUCAAGAUAGUGAAAGUUCUUGUCCUCAGAUUGCUAGCUCAAGGGAAACACUACAUGGUGUGGACUUUGUUUCGUCCGAUCUGAAAUCUAUGGACUUUGGUGACAGGAAAUCUGAAUGUAAAGGUGAAAUGGCAAAAGAUGCUGCCACAACUAAACCGCCCAUCGUAAAUAAAGCAAAGUCUGGUCCUGAACCCAUUAUCAUUCCUAUAAUUCUAAAGAUGGCUGAAUUUGAUCAUAAGGCUUUGUUAGAGGAGUGGUUAUCUACUCGUAGCAGCGAAAAGUAUCCGAUACAGGACAAGGAUAAAUUAAUUAGCAACUUGAAGACAAUCCAGGACUAUCUCUGUUCAUUUAAAUCACAGGGUUAUACAGUUGUCAACUUAUCAGCUACAGCUUUCCCGCAAACCUUGGAUUGGCUACACAAUUAUCUUCUUCAGUGCAUCGAGCAGGGAACAUCAUCUGUCUCCCCAUCAAGUAGUGAUCAGAAAUUAAAUGUCCCAAAAUGA